AUGUCAAUGCUGGAUGGAGCUCUUAAAGGCUUGAUUCGUGGUGCUGUGCGGAGAAGACUCACUACAAAAGAUGGAAACAAAAACUAUUAUAAAGGAACUGGCAGUGGUAGAAUGGGUCAUUGGACUCUUAAAGGUCAGUACAUUAUUGAACCAUGGAGAUUGCGUCAGUUUAUGAUUCCUAAUCUACUCGAGUGCGAGCUGAAACCAUUUGUAUCUCCUAAAGCAGAUGAUGAUAUUCGAAAAAGACACAAUCUCAUCGACUACUUUAACCAAACACCAGCUUUAGAGGAUGAGCUAGCGACUGUCGAUCAAACUGUUCCAGAAGACAAGCAGUCUUUGCUCAUGCGUGCUUGUAGUGAAGUAGCUCAUGCUGCUUACUCUACCAUUCGUGCUCCAAAACACAAGACAAAAUUCAUCAAACCUCCAAAGAAACUUCAUCCAAGAGAUCGAAACUAA